GUUCGGGAUGGGGGCAGGGGGCAGAUGACACUGAGCCCUGAGGCGUCUGUCAGUGAUUAAUUCUGGAGACGAUCAUUGAAGUGCCUGCCAUUGAUUACUCCGGAGACGAGCAGCGGACUGAUUCUGGGGCGGAAAACUGACGGAAUAUGCUGGAUCUGAGAACAAUCGGAAAGGUGUACUUCCUCCUGCCACUUCUUCAAGGCACAGUGUCGAAGGAGUGGAGAGCUGACACACCAUCAGAUGUGACAGCACAGAGAGGUUUGUGUGCCCGGAUUCCAUGCCACUAUCGUUAUCCGUCACGUCUGAAUAUGAAGUCAAGGACUGGUAUCUGGUAUAACAGUGAAAAACCGAAAAAUCGUCAUAUAGUCUUUCACUCCCGUGAUCACAGAAAUGAGACACUGAAGUUUCGUUAUCGGACCCGUUUGUCUGGAGACUUGAAUGAUGAUGACUGUUCCCUGGUUAUAGACAACAUCACUCAGGAAGAUGAAGGGCCAUACUUUUUCAGGAUUGAAUUUAAAGGAAAGAAGCGUUACAACUAUCUCCCUGCUACGUGGCUCCGUGUUUCUGAUUUCACAGAUAAACCCAUGAUAUUCGCUGGUGAACUUGUUGAAGAAAAGUCUGUGACCAUAACCUGCAUCUUCAACACCACGUGUAAUGGAACUUCACCCACCUUAACCUGGGUCACCCCCACGGAUGUACCACCAUCAGUCUCAAGCAGUGUAACUCGGUGGCACAACACUCUGACAUAUACUUCUGUCCUGACCAUGACCCCAGCGCUCAAACACCACGGGCAAAGUCUCACCUGCAGAGUCAGAUACCCAUCUGUUUCAUCGGAGCAGACCCUCUCACUGACUGUGCAGUACGCUCCAAAGAAUCUCUCCAUCACUUCUCCUGAAAACAGGAACAAUUCCUGGGUGAAUACGAAGGAAGGGAUUCCUACAUCGAUCCUCUGCUCCGUCCAGAGUUUCCCAGUGUCUAAUCUAACGUGGAGACAUCUCGGUGUCACACUGAACACAACAAGUUCCAGUAAUGAACUAUGGCUGGAAUUUCCUCAGGUGACCCCCCAGCAGGCUGGAGUCUAUCAGUGUGUGGCAGAGAAUGAAUAUGGGACAGCGGAGAGGGCCAUCACCCUCAGUGUGGAGUAUAAGCCUGAGAUUUCUCGGGACUCAGGAUGCACUCGGACCCCCGAGGUCAUCUCAUGCGUGUGUGCGGCCAGAUCAAACCCACCCGGAGAGCUCACCUGGCACCUCCCCCUCGCCAGCCUCAGCGGGAACCAGACGCACGGUCGUUUCCAGACGUGGCAGGUGGCAGACGGGCAGCUGGUGACUGGCUCGCUGACCUUGGGAGUGGGCGAGGGAGCGGAGGAUGUGACCGCCCUCUGUACUGUCCGAAACCAACAUGGAGAGGUCAUGUUUGCGGUGUCCCUGUGGAUCAAAGGUGGGGUCUCUGCUGUCUGGAUUGCAGUGUUAUGCACGAGCAGUGUCAUUCUCAGUAUGCUACUGGCUGGGCUCUUUGUCUACAAGUGCAUCCAGAAAUGGGAUAGACGGACCAAGGAGAAGGACUUGGAGAUCUUGGACACCACCGUCAGCUCCAGUUCACACUUGACCACACCUCAGGACACGGAGAGGCAGAGGAGGAGCUGGAUCCCACUGGAAGUUUCACCAGUAAUGCCCGUUGGAGAGGGGAAGGAGAGUGACCCAGUGUAUGCCAGCCUGCGGGAGCUGCCCGGUGGUGGGGGCCCUGUUCGCAGGGGGAAGACGGUCAUAUACGCAGCGUUGAAAUUCCAGUCAAUCGGGCCGGCCUGAGGGGUCACAGCACUGGUGGGCGGGGUGGGAGAGUGACUGGGAGCUCGGCACAGAGAGCCUUCCGGUACUCCGGGGAGAUAGCCAAUGGUGUAGUGAGCACAAUAAGAUCCCACAGAGCACUGAAUCCCAUAGACCCAGACUACCAACUACUUUCUAAUCAUAUGCAUUCAUAUGAAGGGAAACUGACUCGGACGAAUAAAAUUGCAUUGCUCCUGUUCUGGGGUGGUCGUAGGGAGUGCAUAGAGUAGACGACGUCACUCGGGAGUGCUGUUUGUGGGUGGGUAGAGCUGGUGAUGAGGGGGUACUGUGGGAGGGGCAGUGAAGAGGUUGCACCAUGUUGUGGAAAGGGUGGAGAGGAGGGACCGUCACGCUGUGGGAGAGGCGGUAAGAGGGAGCACCGCCUUGUGUGAGGGGAGGCAAAGAGAGAGCACCGCGCUGCGGGUCGGGCAGUUCGAAGGGAGUGUCGCGAUGUGGGUGGGGCAUCCAGGAGGGAGAGCUGUGGCGGGCGUGGUGUGGAGUGAGUGCCGGGGUGUGGGUAGGGCUGUGAGGAGGGAGGGAAUGUAGUGGGCUCGUGGUGAGCAGAGUUCGCCGCUCUGAGUGAGGGGGCAGUUAGGAAGGAGUGCCACGCUGUGGGUGAGGAGGGGGGAAUUGCUCAGUAGGAGCAUCGAAAUAAGCGAUCCAGCUGCAGACGAGGGAAGAAGGCGUGACAUUUCCUCAGGAUCUGAGUUCUCUCAGCUUCGCCACGAUGGAAUCAAAAUCUGGAGGACGCCGUCUCACCACAAGGCAGUAUAAUGUCGACAAGUAUGAAUGGUUUGAGGUCCUCUCCGACAUCCCUUACGCUGAAAUGGAAAACUACUUUCCGGUUCGACUAUUUUCCGAUUGAAUAAGUUAUAAUAGCAGAGGCCGUGGUGUUGGCUCUGAGGGAUACCCAAAAGUACGAGGUAUUGCACUGGUAACCAAACAAUGAAAGAUGGGUGUUUAUCCAACACAAUGUGUCAAGCUAUUGAUUAUGAAAAAGGGAAGAUGAGGAGAGCCCAGUGCACCGUGGAAGGGGAAGUGUCACGCUGUAGGAAGGCAGGUGAGGAGGACAUGUUGCACAGUGGACAGGGAGCUGUGGCGUGACUACCGCGCUCCCCAUGUGCAAUAGUGAGACCUGGAAAAAUGUUGAAUUUCCCCUUGGGGAUGAAUAAAGUAUCUAUCUAUCUAUGUAGUGAGUGGACAUCAAAACAGCGGAGUGCAGGGUGGGGAUGUAGAGAUAAACUGGGGAGGUCCAAGAUGGCUGCUGGGUCUCGAUCGAUAAAGGGUUUAUUGAAGCUACGGCUAUUGUUAGGAAGUCGGUGUGGCGAAGUUUCUCCUGGGCUGUGUGUUUCUGGUUCCGGUGCAGGUUAGCAGCGAGGCUGAGCAAGCUGCCCAACUUGCUGCCUCCGGCAAGGCAGCCCAGGAGGAAUGGAUGGUUGUGAAGGGAGAAGUAAAGGGAAUGAGAAGAUAGUGAGGGGACGGAUGAAUGAAAACCGAGACAAAGGGAGUAAAAGAAUAAGAAAUGAUAGUGGAGAGAGUUCUGAAAGUGAGGAAGAUGAACAAGUUCGGAAAGGAGGUGGUGUCAUAAUAAGGUUUAAUGAGAAGACUCAAGGAAACAUGAAGAAAAUUAACCCGCUUGUGCUAACAACAACACUGGCAAAUAAAAUAGGGGAAAUAGUAUUUGAAAAAGUCCUUAAUGAUGGCAACCUAUUGGUAAGAUUUGCGAAUGAGGAACAGCUUGAGGAAGCACUUAAAUUAAGAGAGAGAAGGAAAAUGUAAGGUGGAAUACACAGGGAGGGUGGGAGCACGAAAUGGUGGUGGAUGUAAAGGACCGAUCACGGGGGUACCAAUGAGUGUAAAUAUGGAGGAGUUGAAGAGGAAUAUCAAAGGAGGAAAAGUAAUGAAUGUUCAAAGACUGAAAACAACAAAGGAGGGGGUGAAAAGGGAAAGUGAAACAAUAUUGAUUGAAUUUGAAGAAGAAAGAGCGCCAGGGAAGGUGUUCCUGGGUUUCAUGAGUUACCCAGUCAGAGUGUAUGUGCCAAAGCCAUUGAGGUGCUAUAAUUGUCAAAGGUUUGGACACGUAGCUUAAAAACUGUAAUAGGCAGAGGAGAUGUGCUAGAUAUGAGGGUGAUCAUGAAUAUGGAAAGUGUGGAACAGGAGUGCAACCAAAAUGCUGCAAUUGUGGAGGAACUCAUAAUGUGGCAUAUAGUGGGUGUGAGGUUAUGAGAUGGGAGAAUAAAAUUCAAGAAGUAAGAGUGAAAAGAAAGAUCACUUAUGCAGAAAUGGUAAGAAUGUCAAGAAAGAUGCAACAAAGAACAAAUAGGAUUUAUGUAGACAAAAAGGCUCUAGUAACAUUCAUUGCAGGAGUGAUUAAUAGUAUGGCUGAGGUAAAGUCAAAAAGUGAAAAAAUCAGCGGGUUGUCAAAGCAGCAAUGAACCAUUUAGUGUUAGGAUUGACAUGGGAAGAAGUGAGGGAGAACAUCACUAAUCAGUCAAACCAGGAAGUGUCAUGGGUUGGUUAAUACUAAUUAUGGUGAUUAUUUUGUAAUGGAAUGCAAGGAGCUUACUGGCCAAUAGCCAGGAAUUCAAACAGUUUAAUAAAGAAAUGGUUGUAAAACUGGAUGUAGUGUGUCUUCAGGAGAUUUGGUUCAAACCAACUUUAGACUUUGUGGUAUAUAGAUAUACAAUGAUAAGGAGAGAUAGAAACCUAGAGGGAGGAGGGGAUUGUGCUAUAUUAAUCAAACAAUGUAUACCAGAUAGGGUACUGGAGAAGGGAGAUUGUCAGGAAUACAUAGCGGUGGAAGUGUGGGAGAGAGGGGAUGAAGUGAUUAUAAUUAAUUACUAUAAUUCAUGUAAAAGGUUGGAUUUGGACAGCCUACUAAGGAUACAAGGACAAAACGGACAUAAAGUAGUGUGGUGUACAGAUUUCAAUACUCACAGCACAAUAUGGGGGGAUUUGUUUACAGAUUCAUAUGAAAAUGUAGUUGGAGAUUUGAUGGAAGAAAGGGAUUUGGUGUGUAUGAAUGAUGGUAGAGGAACAAGGAUAAACAUAACAACAGGAACUGAGUCAGUACUAGAUAUUACGUCAGUGUCUAAUACGUUAGUAACUGGGGAGUUUGGACUGCUUCAACGGUAGACAGCGAUCACUACCCAGUUUCAUGUUCAGUGGAUGGAAGAGUUGAAGUAAGAUCAGGUGGUGGAAUCCCAAAGUGGGUGCUUGGAAAAGCAGAUUGGGUAAGUUCCAGAAGUUGAGUGAAGAAGCAUUGACAAGGAUUGAGAUUACUGGAAAUAUAAAUGAAUUAAACAGUCAGGUGAAUUCAGCAAUUAUUAUGGCAGCAGAAGCAUCUAUACCCAGGAGUAAAAAUAGGAUGAAUAGAAAACUGGUACCACGGUGGACAGAGGAAUGUUGUCAGGCUGUAAAAAGCAGAAAUAGAGCAAACUAGUUAAAAGAACCCAUAAUAUGCAGCAUUUGAUUCAAUAUAAGAAGCACAGGCAGUGGUGAGAGGAACUAUACGUCAAGCUAAAAGGGCAAGUUGGAGGAGUUUUUGCAACAAAAUAGGAAGAACAACACCUGUGGGAGAGGUAUGGGGAAUGAUUAAGAGGAUGGGGGGAGAUAGAAGGGAUUGGGAGUAUCCAGUAAUGAUAUCUGAGGAGGAAACAGCAAUCUCCAGCAGGGAUAAGGCUGAGAUCAUGACCAAGUGAUUUGUAAAGAUACAUAGUUCAGAAAAUUUGUCUGAAGAAGGGAGAAGGAGAAGGGAAAGAACAAUGAGUCAAUACCCAGGUGUGUUAAACAGGGGGGAAGAAACUGAUGACAUAAUUGAUAAACCAUUUACGUUGGCAGAGAUGGUGAGAGCAACAUAGAGAUCAAGACCAACCUCCCCAGGAAAAGAUCUGAUAUGCUAUGUUAUGCUAAAAAAGUCUAGGAGAAUGAGCACUCUUGAAGUUGCUGCAUCUUUACAACAGAGUGUGGGAGGAGCAAAGAUUACCAAGUGCAUGGAAAGAAGCAGUAGUAAUUCCAAGAAGGAAACCUGGCAAGGAUCAGUCAAAACCCAGUAGCUACAGGCCAAAAGCAUUAACAUCAAAUAUAUGCAAUAUAAUGGAAAGGAUGAUAACAGAAAGGUUAUCAUAUGAGCUUGAGAAGAGAGGAAUGUUGGCAAGUUAUCAGAGUGGUUUUAGGAAGGGAAGGAAUUCCAUGGACUCAGUGAUAAGGUUAGAGACUGAAAUAAGAAAGGCCCAGGCAAAUAAAGAGUCAGUAGUUGCAGUGUUUUUUGACACAGAAAAAGCCUAUGACAUGAUGUGGAAUAAAGUAUUGUUAAAUAAAUUGCACAAGAUGGUGGGAGAGUUUUUAAUUGGAUAAAAGAUUUUUUGUUUGGUUGGAAAAUUCAAGUUCGGAUUGGUCAGAAUUAUCAAAACAGUACAUAGUGGGAAAUGGCACACCUCAGGGUAGUGUGAUUAGCCCGUUACUUUUCAUCAUUCUGAUUAACAAUGUCUUCACAAAGGUACCAGUGGAUAUAGGUAGGUCAGCAUUUGCGGAUGAUUGGGCCUUGUGGAGUAGAGGUAGGAACAUGGAGCUUAUAAUCAGGAACUUACAAGGAGCAAUUGAUAAAGUGGUGGAGUGGGGUUAUGAUUGAGGAUGUAGAUUUUCAGUAGAAAAAACUCAAACUGUAUGAUUCAACAGGAAAAGAAUUGAGGUAGGGAAGAAGUUAAGGGAUAGAAUUAGAACGGGUUGAGUCAUUUAAAUUUCUGGGAAUUAUAUUUGAUUCACGGUUAACAUAGGCAGACCAUAUCAGGAAAGUUGAGGAGAGAUGUAAAAAAGUAAUAAACGUGAUGAGAAGUUUGACUGGUAGGGAAUGGGGAGCAAGUUGUUCAGCAUUAAAGAGAAUGUAUGUGGCUUUGGUAAGAUCUGUGUUGGAUUAUGGAAGUGUAGCAUAUGGAUCAGCAGCUAGGUCUCUUAUAAGGAAACUGGAUGUGAUGCAGGCUCAGGUUUUGAGAGUGUGCAGUGGGGCUUUUAAAGCAUCACCAGUAUCAGCCCUACAGGUAGGAUUGGGAGUAAUGCCUUUGGAACUAAGAAGGAAGCAACUGAUGGCAAACUACUGGGCUAAUUUGCAGGGACACAAUGAUUCUCACCGUGCAAAAGGAGUGUUGCAGGAGUGCUGGGAGAUUGGGAGGUUUCAGAGGGAUAACUUUAGUCGAGUAGGGAAUGAUAUUGCUAAAGGAUGUGGAGUAUUUGAUUUAAAGAUAAUUCCUUCAGUAGUUUAACCAGUUGUAGCUCCAUGGAAGAUUGUAAGGCCUGGCAUUUGUUAGAAGUUAAAAGGAAAGGAAAAUAUAAAACUGAUUUGGUAAGUGCAUUUAACUGUCAUGUGAUGGAAAAGUAUAGUGGUUAUACUCAGAUUAUAUGGAUGGUGCUAAGGAACCUGAAAUAGGAGUGACAGGGUUUGGGGUGGUAAUACCAGCAAAAGAAAUUGGAAGAAGAUUGGAAGCAGAAGAACAUCUAGUAAGUUAGGGGUGUAUACAGUGGAGGUGUUGGCAUUGUUGGUUGUGUUGUGAUGGGUGGAGAAAGCUAGACAAGUCAAAGUGUUGAUAUGCUCAGUUCUAGCAAGUUUAAGGACUUUUCACUCAAACAGCUGGCAAGAUGUACUUUAUGAAGUCCUUCAAUCAGUCACAAGAGUUGUAAAUCAGGGACGUCAGAUUAAAUUUCUAUGGGGUCCAGCUCAUGUAGGGGUGAAGGGGAAUGAUGAGUUGUCAAAGAAGGUGUUAAAAAAAGAAAAUAUAGAAAUGCACAUUAGUAUCAGCAUAGCAGAGGUUAAGUGUGUAAUCUGGGAAAAAAUCAACCAAAUAUGGCAAGAAAGAUGGGAAAGGGAGACAUUUGUAUCAAAUACAAAAGAGUGUUACAGGUACUAGGGUAGGUAGUGGAGACAGAAGAGAGGAAACUGUGUGGACUAGGUUAAGGCUGGGGCACUGUGCACUAAACAAAACAUUGAAAAUGAUAGGGAAACACCAUACAGGUUUGUGUGAGGAAUGUCAGGAAGAGGAGUCAGUAGAACAUCCAAUUCUGAGUUGUUGGAAGUAUGGGGAACAGAGAGAGAUGAUGAGAUUUAAUCUAAGGGAAUUGGGGGUGCAGGAAUUCACAUUAAAAGGGCUACGGGCAUGGGUGAGAGAGCACAGGGUAGGGUACUUUUAGCUUUCUUAAGGGGUACUAUGGUGAAAUACAUAUACUUGUCUGGACACGCCCCCCCCCACUGACUGCUCCUGUGGCUCCUCCCACGGACCCCGGUAUAAAGGCGAUUGGAGACAGCCCCGGUCUCAGUCUCCAGGAUGUAGUGUGGUGGUCAAUUGCUGCUUCUUCUUUCUUCCAGGCAAUAAAAGCCUAUAUCUCA